AAUAAGUCUUCAUCUCAGUUAAAUUAAGUUUCUGGUUUCUGGGUGGAUGCAUCUGUUGCACAGAACCAUACUCAUUUGGUCACAGGGACUCCAACUGACGUCAGAGUUUUGCACCACCUCCUCCUCUUUAAUAAUAGGCUAUGAAAGUUUAUUUUGUCAGCGACACCUGUUGCUUUAAUAAGAGGAGAUAACGCCGUUAUUCUCGUGAUCUCACACGGCCUCAGUCUCCUGUUACAGCCGUUUCAUAGGUAGCAGGGGAUCAAAAUAGCCUACAGGCUAUAUUAAAAUAUUGAUAAGAUUUACAACUAAAAUAGCGUAAACCCAUCGUGGCUGUUUAAUGGCAUCUUAUGUUUUAAUGGUCAGUGGAAAAACUCUUGUGAAACUGUUACUGCAUAGUGGCUUGAGCAUUUGAAUGGAUAUAUCCUGCAACAGUUUAUCCUGUUAGUCACCUGGGAAGAGAAGCUGUGCUGUUGUUGUAGUCAGACAACUGCGAGGUCACGUUAACUUAUGUUCCCUAAAAUAUUGUAAUUCACAAUAGAACAAUUUCUACGAAAACCUGUUUUCCGCUAAAAGUCAUAUGGUUAUACACUGUGUUACUAUUCAGUAAAAAGCAAAAAAAGGCUGAGUCAUCACGUGGGGAAUGUAAUCUGAUCAGUGUCCUUAAUUUGGGGGAACAACUAGGCUACUUUAAUCUUGUUGUAGAGGACAUUUUAAAGCUUCGUUUAAAGGGAACUCUAAAUGGAGUGAUUUGUGAUCGGGGUCUGGUGCGGGGAACAGCCGGUGUCAGUGCAGAGUUGAGAUGUUAGCUGAAACCCGGACAGUUGAGGACAGGAGGCGUGGUGUUCUGGGGGAUUAUCCCGAGGUGCGCCUCGCGGACAGAGCUGUGAUUGGUUGGCACUCCUGGCAAGCGGCACGCGACUAUGGAUGUCGCUAUAAAGAAUCCUCGCGUGCCGGUUCUUCAACUAGAACUAACUGUUGACCGUGAGCAGCGAACACAGAGCAGCGAGUUGAUAAAAGAACACUGAGUCAUUGUUAGUGCAACAAGAGGAGAAAGCAGCAGCGGGGACAAAGAUGGACAGUGUGCUGGACCCUUUCUCUGGACUCGACUCUUUCUCCUCCCCUCCUUAUUUCGACGAUGACGAGUUUUUCACCGACCAGUCCUCAAGAGACGGACACUUGGACACUGAUGAUUUUUUGGAUGACGACGUCGACUUCCUCGCCAGUCACUUCCAAGACUAUUACAGCAAAGACGGCGGCAGCAGAGCAGCGCCUCACGAUGGAGACUACGACAUCGGCAACUUGUCAUUCUCCUCCUCAUCCUCCACCUUCUCCUACGGCUGCGCCGACAGCACCCCGGAUCUGUCCCCUCAGAUGAGCCAUCACGGCGGGCCGUUACUGAAGCGGAGGAGGCGGAUGAGGUCUGACAUGGAGAUGCAGCAGCUGAGACAGGCGGCCAACGUCAGGGAGCGGCGGAGGAUGCAGUCCAUCAAUGACGCGUUUGAGGGGCUCCGCUCCCACAUCCCGACACUGCCCUACGAGAAGAGGCUCUCCAAGGUGGACACUCUGCGGCUCGCCAUCGGCUACAUCAACUUCCUCGCCGAGCUCGUGCAGUCUGAUCUGCCCAUCAGAAACUCCAGCAGCGAGACGCACGCGCAGCCCAAGAAGGUCAUUAUCUGUCACAGAGGAACAAGGUCUCCUUCCCCCAGCGACCCGGACUACGGCCUGCCUCCCCUCGCCGGUCACUCUCUGUCCUGGUCGGAUGAAAAGCAACUCCGAGAGCAGAACAUCAUCCGCACCGCUAAAGUCUGGACACCGGAAGACCCCCGAAAGCUGCACAACAAAUCAGGCCUCACGGACAUUGAGAACGAGCCUCCUUUUGGCCUGGUGGCCUAAACAGAAACACCAGAGUUCCUCUGACUCCUUCUGUAAAACGCACAUUGUAAAUGUGAAGUGGAUUGUGAUAAUGCGCUUUUGAAAACGCAUUGCAAAAAAAUGUGAACACCAUGUGAGCUUAUUGUACAGUUCCCGAUAUUGUAUUCAAUGUUGUAAAUAGUUUUAUCAUGUUGAUAAUUUUAUUUUUGUAAUUCAGGCAACUGGCAAUCAUGUAUUUAUUUUUUUCACAAGUUAUAAUUUAUGUUUUUAAUUUAAUUGCAAUAAAUAAGAGAAAUAUUUUUAUAUCGUUGUACAGUGAU